CUAGGCCCCGCCCUCAAGCUUGGUCCCCGCCCCCGCAGGCGCGGUCAGCUCCCGAGCCCCGAACGUCCAUAUCCGGGUUCCCUCCGCCGCUGCCGCCGCCGCCGCCGCCGCUGCCGCUUCGCUCUUCUAGCCCUGUCAGGAGUGGUGUGAUUCCCGACCAAGAUGGCGGCCGUGGGGCGAGUCGGCUCGUUCGGUUCAUCUCCACCCGGGCUAGCCUCGACUUACGCCAGCGGACCCCUAGCCAACGAGCUGGCUUCGGGCAGCGGCGGCCCCGCGGCGGGCGACGAUGAGGACGGGCAGAACCUUUGGUCCUGCAUCCUCAGCGAAGUCUCCACGCGCUCGCGCUCCAAGCUCCCGACCGGGAAGAACGUGCUGCUGCUGGGUGAGGAUGGAGCUGGGAAAACAAGCCUCAUAAGAAGAAUCCAGGGGAUAGAGGAGUACAAGAAGGGACGAGGACUGGAGUAUUUGUACUUAAAUGUGCAUGACGAAGACAGGGAUGAUCAAACAAGAUGUAAUGUAUGGAUCUUAGAUGGAGAUCUAUACCACAAAGGGCUACUCAAGUUCUCUCUGGAUGCCCUUUCUCUGAGGGACACUCUGGUCAUGUUGGUCGUCGAUAUGUCAAAGCCUUGGACUGCUUUGGAUUCCUUACAGAAGUGGGCAAGUGUGGUGAGAGAACAUGUUGACAAACUGAAAAUCCCCCCUGAAGAAAUGAAGGAAAUGGAGCAGAAGUUGAUUAGAGACUUCCAAGAGUACGUGGAGCCAGGAGAAGACUUCCCAGCCUCCCCUCAGCGAAGAGCCACGGCUGCACAGGAGGACAGAGAUGACAGUGUCGUCCUACCCCUGGGUGCAGACACGCUCACACACAACCUGGGCCUACCCGUGCUCGUAGUCUGUACAAAGUGUGAUGCCAUUAGUGUCUUGGAGAAAGAACAUGACUAUAGAGAUGAACACUUCGAUUUUAUCCAGUCACACAUCCGCAAGUUCUGUUUACAGUACGGUGCAGCGCUGAUUUACACGUCUGUCAAAGAGAACAAGAACAUAGAUUUAGUUUAUAAAUACAUCGUCCAGAAGCUGUACGGGUUCCCCUACAAGAUCCCUGCGGUGGUGGUGGAAAAGGACGCAGUGUUCAUUCCAGCAGGGUGGGAUAAUGAUAAGAAAAUAGGAAUAUUACAUGAAAAUUUUCAAACUUUGAAAAUAGAAGAUAAUUUUGAAGACAUCAUAACCAAACCUCCUGUCCGAAAGACGCUGGCACUGAAUCCAUUUCUACACACUUUGGAAACCACAACUUGGCAUGGAGAUCUUGAGCAGUUAGAGUAGAUGGAAGCUGUGGACUUCAGAGACUACAGCUCUUCCCAGAGCCACGAAAGCAUUACUGCAAGGAUUCUCUCCUUUCUACCAUUGAGCGUUACUGUGGAUCGUGGCCAUCGUCACUGGUCACCUGUAUUGGCCAUAGCUAUCUAAACGUUCUCAUUUUGCUUUAGUCUUGACUCAGGUUUUAUGACUAAUGUGUGCAUCAUGACUUUGUGUUAAGCUGUAUAUACAUAACGUUCAGUAGAUAAAUACAGAUAGAGCUGUUUCUGAAAGUGACAAAGAUGAGUAUUUACAUGUAAUCCUCCUCAGAGACUUAGCCCAGCACUUUAGGAAAGAAUGCUCCUGAUGUAGUCUGUACCAUGAACCUUAUUGAGUUGAAGCGCUCUCACCGUAGGUGUCCAUUUCCUGUGUGUGGGUUGUUAGUGGUGGGAAAGCGAGCUCAGUGAAAAGUGCAUCAGCAUGCUGGUUUGGUUUGGAUAGCUCUUAAAAGAAAUACACACUUCAAAAGGAGGAAACCAUACAGAAACGUCCCCUCUAUUUGUGUAGGCAUGUGAGUUGGUGUUGGUGUAUGUGCAGGAGCACAGUUGCCUCUAGAGGUCAGGAGAGGGCAUUGGAUCCCCUGGAGCUGAACUUACAGUGAGCUGUGAGCUACACAAUGUUGGUGUUGGAAACCAAAAUCAGGUCCUUUGCAACAUCAGCGCACAUUCUUAACCGCUGAGCCAUCUCUUCAGUGCCAAGACUAAGCUUUAUGGUGUCCUUUUCUUCCAGUCAUUGCACUUAGCUACUGUUUAGGUACAAAAUGCCAUAGGAAGGAGGAGGCUAUGUGUACAGUAAUAAGCUGACCUGUAGCUGGGCCCGCUGGUAGGCGCCCGUAACCCCAGCUCUUGGGAAGCACAGCUGGGAGGCUUGCCACAUGUUUGAGGCUAGGCUGAUCUAUAAUGAGUUCCAAGCCAGCCUGGACUGCAGAGUGAGAUCCUAUCUUAAAACAGUAACAUGAGCUCCAUUGCGUAGGUCAUCCAGCAAGUGGUAAGGAGUUCUCAGCUGUGGAAAUAAGCAG